AUGUAUAGCACAUCCCACGUUGUCCUUGGCAUCGUCAUCGGUCUCGGGCUCUUAGGGCUGCGACAAUACCUCAAUGGGCCGCUGAAAUCAGUCCCAGGUCCCAUAUGGAGCAAGUUCACGAAGCUUUGGCUUCUUCGUCGGAUUUACAGCCGGAAACUUCAUCUGCUGGAGAUCGAAGCACAUGAGAAAUACGGCCCAAUCUUUCGUGCUGCUCCGAACUAUGUCAUGGUUAAUGAUCCAGACUACAUCCAUGAAGUCCACACGUGGAACCGUUCAGACUGGUGGAUCACGCUCGACCCUCAAGUAGGAUUGCAAAGCACGGGAACAGCAAGAACAAUCACGCAGCAUAACCAACAGAGGAGACGAAUCGCAUCAGCGUACAACCCAGACUCUGUCUAUGAGAUGGAGCCCAAGCUAGAUCACUCUCUCGAGCAAUUUCAGCAGAUCCUGCGCGACAGAUUCGCAAUGACUGGGAAA